AUGAACUCAGACAAGCAGCUUGCUAUUUUAUCGGUUUCCGAUAAAACGGGCAUCGUCGAAUUGGCGAGAGGUCUCAUAGAGGCUGGAUUGAAGCUCGUCGCUUCCGGAGGCACUGCAAAAAUUAUCCGUACGAAUGGAAUUCCUGUAAGUGACGUCGCCGAUGUUACAAAAUUCCCCGAGAUGCUUGGAGGUCGCGUCAAAACGCUUCACCCAGUGGUGCAUGGCGGCAUUCUUGCGAGAGACACCGAUGAAGACAGAAGCGAUUUAAAGGCGCACAACAUCGCAUUUGUAUCUGUCGUCGUGUGCAAUUUAUACCCAUUCCGCAACACCAUCAAACAUCCAAAGUGCACAGUCGCCGAAGCAAUCGAGAACGUUGACAUUGGUGGUGUAACUCUUCUCCGCGCAGCUGCCAAAAAUCACGAGCGUGUUACCGUCGUCUGCGACCCAAGAGACUACAAUUCUGUUCUAAGCGAGCUCAAGUCUGGCGGCACAUCGGCGAGCAGACGGCGAUUAUUGGCAUUAAAGGAUACACCAUGGAUUUGUGAGAUUUCGAGCAACUUCGCGACGCUCUACCAUUAA